AUGGGAGAUAAAGGUGGUUGGAGUGUGCUGCCACCUACCGAGGCUCCAUUGUAUAUACCCACAGAAGAUCAUUGGAGGCACUUUGAUAACUCAGGAAAUGCUGUUUCUUUUGGGUUUGUUGCCACUGCCAUUCUCAUCUUUAUGUUCCUUGUCAUGGCCAUCUUUGAGAGAUUUCUCAGACCCACCUCUCCGGCUUUGACACCGGCCGGUGGCCGGAGAUUUGGUGACAUCGAGUCUCAGAUGGGCUUCAAUGCAAAGUUUGGUCUUCCCUCACCAAAAUCAGCCAUCCUGAAAAACCUUUUGUAUGCCCAAUUUGAAUCAAUCUCAAUGGAUCCCUCAUUAUUACCCAGAGGAGAAGAACAGAGAAGUGUCGGUGUUGAUGCCUGGAGAGAGUAUCCCUACCUUCAUCGCCCACCCCGCUCCGGGGCCUUGCCCCCCAGAACGCAUACCUUGGCCUUCCCAUCAACACAAUUCAUUGCCCAGUUUCAUCCCAAACAACAACUCAAGCACAACCUUAGGCUCAAUCUAAAAGGACCAAACGGCGUCUACUUUGUAAAUCAGACUUACUCUGGAAACAAGAUUCAUCAAACUGCCAUUCAUGAUCUAGUAACCCUGGACUCAACUCAAGCACAAAAACAUUUCAAUGUUGAAGAUGCCAAGCAAAACAUGCAAAUAUAUGGAAAUAUGAAAGAUGCCUCCCACCCCAAAGCAUCAUCAGAGAAAGAGCAGGCGAGGCUAUACCUUACUUGCACUUGUUAUCAAUACCUUCCACAAUUUUCAGGUUUUUCUAGGUGUGAAUUGGAUCCUUACAGACAAAACUAUAUUGCAUAUCACAUGGACUGAUCUCCAUAGUGGAAAAUGUGUAUACUUUAUUAUACAUACGACGAAUAUGAAUUAUCCCGCGGGAAUUUUAUCUGUUUUAUUUAUC